AUGAGCGGUGAAUCUGAAGAUGGGGAUGCUGCCAAUAGUGCGGGAUAUUCGCCGGAAUGUAGCAGUGGUUCUGAGGACAGCAGCACAGAUGACUCCUGCAGUGUCGAAUGCCUGAGGGAUCAAACAAACAAUGGAUCAAAUCGACCAGCCAAUUUGAAACAAAAUGGGAAGGCCCUUGAAACUGGUGAUUGUGCAGAAGGCGCUUGUGGGAAUGACACACUCACUUCCGAGUCCUUGCGGCAGCAGAACAUUGACGCCCUCCUUGCAAAUAGCCUGGUAACCUGUCGGAAGCCACUCCUGCCAAAGCUGUUGGCCGUGCAGGAGGGCGAGACACAGCUGAGAAGGGCAUUCAAAUCCCCACAUCCUGCCGCUCCAAGCCGUUCAGAGGAUCUUCGACGAAAACUGUUGGCGCGGAGGCGAUUUGUUCCAUGGGGCUGCAAGGCACCUUUGCCACAGCCAGUUAUUGUUGUGCCCGCAACUCCUCCUCUUCGCGAUGAGCGGUGUGAAUCUUUGGAGGAUGACGCUCAGCAAAUUGAGCAGCUUGUGCUGUGGGCGCCCCAAGAUGGUGAAGACGACCUUACAAUUACUGUUGAUUCAAGGCUUACAAAGUUCUUGAGGCCCCACCAGAGAGAAGGCGUUCAGUUUAUGUUCGACUGUGUCGCUGGACUCAAGGAUUUCGGUGGCCAAGGGUGCAUAUUGGCCGAUGACAUGGGUCUUGGGAAGACCCUUCAGGGCAUUUCGCUGAUGUGGACCCUUCUCAAGCAGGGAGCCAAGUGCCUUGGUGGCACUCCAAUGGCAAGCAGAGUCAUCAUUGUGUGUCCAACCAGUCUCGUAGCCAAUUGGGACAGUGAAUGCCAAAAGUGGCUCAAGGGUGCCGUCCGCACAAUGCCAAUGAGUGAGUCAACUAGAGAGGAUGUGAUUCAAGGCAUCAACCAGUUCUUGAGCCGCCAGAAGCCUUACCAGGUGCUCAUCAUAUCAUACGAAACUUUCCGCAUUCACAGCAGCAGGUUCCAUGGGCCUGAAGCUUGUGAUCUGCUCAUCUGUGACGAGGCACAUCGCCUGAAGAAUGACAACACCCUGACCAACAAGGCUCUUGGCACCCUUCAAUGCACACGUCGUGUGCUGCUGUCAGGAACCCCAAUGCAGAAUCAUCUUGAUGAGUUCUACGCGAUGGUGAACUUCUGCAAUCCGGGGGUGUUGGGCACGAGGUCCAGCUUCAAGCGCCACUACGAAUUGCCCAUCCUGAAGGGAAGGGAGCCAGACGCUGAUGAGGAAGAACUGAACCUGGGUCUGGAACGCAGUAGUGAGCUCAGCACCAUCGUCAACAAGUUCAUCCUCAGGAGGACAAACAAACUGCUGAGCGAGCACCUGCCCCCAAAGGUUGUGGAGGUUGUCUGUUGUCGACUGUCGCCACUUCAGCAGUCGAUGUAUGCCCGCUUCCUCGAAUCCACCACAACCAAGCGCUUGCUCAAUGGCAAGUCUGCCCGCGUGCUGUCAGCGAUCACCUCCCUGAAGAAGUUGUGCAACCACCCAAAGCUCAUACAGGACGCCAUGAAAGAUGAGAAUGGGGACAUCGAAGGGUUGGAGAGCUGCGCAAGCCUCCUGCCUGAGGGGAUGGGCAGCAGGGGAAGGGCGUCCCGCUCAUCGCUGCCUGAAGGAUGGGAGGAACUUUCUGGGAAAAUGGGUUUGCUGGCGCGUAUGCUGGACUUUCUGCACAGAGGGACAAGCGAUAGGAUUGUGGUUGUGUCAAAUUACACCCAGACAUUGGACCUCAUCGCCGCCCUUUGCAGGGAUCGCAAGUAUCCCCAUCUGCGCCUCGAUGGCAGCACAUCCAUCGCCAAACGGCAGAAGCUCGUGAAACGGUUUAAUGAUCCCCUGGAUCGCCAAUUUGUCUUCUUACUGAGCAGCAAGGCUGGCGGAUGUGGUCUCAACCUGGUCGGCGGAAAUCGGCUCGUGCUGUUUGAUCCUGACUGGAACCCAGCCACAGACAAACAGGCAGCAGCCAGGGUUUGGCGCGAUGGUCAAAAGAAAAUGGUGUAUGUGUACCGUUUCCUGUCAACCGGCACAAUAGAAGAGAAGGUGUUCCAACGGCAACUGUCUAAAGAAGGCUUGCAGGGCGUUGUCGGCAAGAGUGGCCAAGCAGAAGCGAGUAUGAUGAGUGCAGAGGAGCUGAGAAAUCUAUUCAGUUUGAAUCUCAACACUGUAUCGGAUACCUACGACUCACUGUGUCAGGCUGACAAACCAGAGCCACAGGAGGAAGGUACGUCACUCGACGAUGACCCAAUGGGCGUUGCCAAAAAGCAGGUGGGCAAACCUGCAGAAGACGACCUGAGGAAUUGGGGGCAACAUUCUUCGGCACAGACUGUACCUGACAACGUCUUACGGCAAGCUGCUGGGGAUGUGGUUUCUUUCGUUUUCACUUGUGAGGUGGCUGGUAAGUCCUUAGAACUUUCCAACGAUGGAGAAGAAACCCUAGCUGUGGAGCCCAUGGCAAGACGCAGCGCUCCAGCGCCCCAAAAGUCUUCAACUGGCCAAAAUACAAGAGACGGGCUUCGUGAGUCUUCCCCAGCUGCAGGGCUCGGGAAACGCAUGAACUCAAUGACGAUGCGUUUAUCAACCCCUCAAGGCGUCGGUCCUGUUUCUGUCUUCACUGACAGGAGGGUAUUGGCGGACAGAAAUCAGCCGUCAGCAACCAACACAGAAUUGGCGGUAUUAGAGUCCUCCAAACGACAGCGUGUGACACCGAAACAUUGUCCCACCAUUGUCAUAGACUCAUCCAGCGGCGACGAUUUCGAAUAG